AUGGUUGAGGAUCCGAAGAGAAAGCUGCUCGUUGCUCUUGCUGUCCUCUUGCUGCUCAGCUCAGCACAAGCAGGGAAUACAGAGAGACUCUCAGUGCAUCACUGCACUGACUUCCAGACAGCAAAUUUCCUCCGAGGCAGUAAACUUAAGGUCCGGUUUCUUCUAUUCACCUCCUCAAGGCCCAGCUGUGGCGAGCUGCUUUUAGCUGAUGAUGGCAUCAAGAAUUCCAGCUUCAACAGCAGCCUGGAAACCAAGAUCAUAAUCCAUGGCUUCAGGGCUUUGGGUACCAAACCUUCCUGGAUUGAUGGGCUUGUCCAUGCCGUACUGCACACAGCCAAUGUGAACGUGAUUGCAGUAGACUGGGUUUAUGGGUCCACAGCAGCCUACCCCUCCGCGGUGGAAAAUGUCACACAGCUGGCCCUCUCCAUUUCACAGUUCAUCAGCAAACUCCUGGCCCUGGGAGUCUCAGGGACGUCCAUCCACAUCAUUGGGGUAAGCCUCGGGGCGCAUGUCGGAGGCCUGGUGGGGCACUUCCAUGGCGGCCAGCUGGGACGGAUAACAGGCUUGGAUCCCGCAGGCCCUAAGUACACCAGAGCCAGCCCUGAGGAACGCCUGGAUCCUGGGGAUGCCCUCUUCGUGGAAGCCAUUCAUACCGAUGCUGACAAUUUCGGGAUCCGGAUUCCUGUAGGCCACAUUGAUUAUUUUGUCAAUGGAGGAAAAGAUCAGCCAGGAUGCCCCCGAUUCAUCUCUGCAGGCUAUAAGUAUCUGAUCUGUGAUCACAUGAGGGCGGUACAUCUCUACGUCAGUGCCUUGAAACACUCGUGUCCGAUGGUGGCAUUCCCUUGUGCAAGUCAUCAAGAUUUUUUAAAUGGUCGUUGCCUGGACUGUGUUGACCCCUUCUUGUUCUCCUGCCCCAGAAUAGGCCUGCUGGAGCAGGCAGGUGUCAACAUUAGAAAGCUCCCCAAGGAAGUGAAAGUUUAUUUAAUGACCAGUCCUUCAGCCCCAUUCUGUGUCCAUCACAGCCUGGUUGAGUUCCACUUGCAGAAGAGAAGGAACACAGUCACCAGCAUCGAGAUCACUUUCCGCAGCAACAGCACCAAGGACACAGCGAAGAUCACUAUACCUAAGCACCAGGAGAUGGGCAAACAUCUGCUGGCCCACAGAGUUCCCCUCUGCCAGAUAAACAGCGUGACACUGAAGUAUCUCCCCAAGAAUCAGUUUUGGAAGAAGGACGAGUCAUCCAUUGUCGGCAAGUUCUGUGCAGCCCCGCUGCCUCUUGAUAGCAA